CAGAGCUCGUGUUAUUGCGAAUCUGCUAUUAGAACGGUAGUCUCGUGAUCUCUCGCGAAGGUUCAAGUGUCCACGCCACAGAGCUAAUCCGUCACGGAUCAGCAGAGUCCGGCUGGUGGUGGAAGUGGAUCCCAGUGAGCAGAAACAAGGUUGUUGGAAGUCCUGAACACCAAUCAUGUCACAGCUGAGCGGGAAGGUCCAGACCGUCCUGGGUCUCGUGGAUCCGGACCAGCUUGGUCGCACCAUGACGCACGAGCACCUGACCAUGAGCUUCGAGUGCUGCUACUUUCCUCCUCCCGCGGGCGACGAGGCGGUGGCGAAGGACCCGUUCCACAUGCAGCACAUGCACUGGCUGAGACAGAACCCCUACGCCUGCCACGAGAACCUGCUGCUGCAGCAGGAGACCGCCGCCGUGCGGGACGAGCUGCUGCUCUACAGGAAGGCGGGCGGGGGAACCAUCGUGGAGAACACCACCACAGGCAUCGACCGGGACUUGCCCACCCUCAGGCAGAUGGCGAAGGACACCGGGGUCCAUAUCGUGGCAGGAGCGGGGUACUAUGUGGACUGCACCCACACUGAGGCCACCAAGAAGAUGAGCGUGGAGAAGCUCACCGACAUCAUCGUCAGCGAGGUGCUCCACGGCGCCGACGGCACUGACAUCCGCUGCGGUGUGAUCGGAGAAAUCGGCGUCAGCUGGCCAAUCACAGAGAGCGAGACGAAGGUGCUGAGGGCCACGGCUCAUGCCCAGGCCCAGCUCGGCUGCCCCGUCAUCAUCCAUCCCGGGAGGAACCCUGCCGCUCCGGCUGAAAUCGUCCGGAUCCUUCAGGAGGCCGGCGGUGACAUCAGCAAAACCGUCAUGUCACACCUGGACAGGACCAUAUUCGACGACGGCGAGCUGCUCGAGUUUGCAAAGCUGGGGAGUUACCUGGAGUACGACCUGUUUGGAAUCGAAAUGCUGAAUUACCCAUAUAACCUGGAGGUGGACAUGCCCAGCGACAGCCAGAGAGUGAAGGCAUUGGCGUUCCUCGUGAAGGAGGGCUACGAGGACAAUAUCGUGAUCGCGCACGACAUCCACACCAAGAACCGCCUCACCAAGUACGGCGGCCACGGCUACUCCCACAUCCUGAAGAACAUCGUGCCGAAGAUGCUGACGCGGGGCAUCUCGCAGCACCAGGUGGACAAGAUCCUCAUCGACAACCCGAAACGCUGGCUGACCUUCAAGUAAAGCAAAAAAAAAAAAAACAAAACAAAAAAAACAAAGAGAGAGACCCAGAGAAGUUUGAUGUAGUGAUUUUAUAUUCAGAGUAUGAAUGAACGCCCCCUUCUGCAAUAAUCAGCCUGAAGUCAUUUAUUAAACCAGUGAUUUUACAACAUCACCAAAUGUUUUUUCUAGAGGCCCCCGUUGAUUAAAACUUGAUUUUAUAUCUGCGA